AAAUUGCCGGAAUCUAGUGUGGAUUUCUACUUAUAUAUAUUUAAAUAUAUAUUUCUUUUUGAACCCUUUAUUGUAAUAGAAGUGAAAACUAAUUAACAAAAAGGUUACAAUCAAAUUUAGUGAAUUUGUGUUACUUAUUUUAUUUAUUUAUUGGCAAAAUGUUCUAAAGUGAACAGCAAUAAUGGAUGUCAACAAACUUAAAAAUAGUUAACGUUGGGACGAAAAAAUGUAAUUUCAAAUGAUAAAAACUGGCUGUGAUGGGUAAUCCAAAGAAGACGUAAUAAAAAUAAUGUCACAGACAGCCGAUGCUGAAAGCGAAGCGGGCUCCAUCUGCGAUGAGGAACGAGUGAAAAAGCUCUUCCAAGCUUGCGACGGGGACGGCGAUGGAUUUAUCGAUAGUCAAGAUUUAUUGACAGUAUGUCGAGAGUUAAAUCUCGAGGGUUCAGUCGAAGAAUUAAUGCAAGAACUUGGUGCUGAUGAUAGCGGUCGAAUAUCUUAUCAAGAAUUUUUAAGACGAAGAUUAGCUUUGAGACCGGAAAUCGAAGCACUCAAAUCUGGAAAAAAUAGAUCGAGCUCAACACAUUUGACUCAUACGCCAGAGUAUUUACCAACUAGCAGUGACAAUAGUCUUGGUACUAUCUCUGGACGUCAUGAAAGCUGGGAGUUCGAUAGCGGUGCCCGUGAUCUUUCUCCUGAACCACAAUCGCUUCAAAAACUUGUGGAAGCGGCUGCUGGAGGCACCGGAAACAUGUUAGAUCUCGCCAAUAAGCUUCACGCAGCUGCUCUAUCAUCCCUAAGAUCAGAGGUAGCGGAAUUGAACACACGAUUACUAGCAGCGACACGUGCUAAAGAGGCCGCAGACACAGCAUUGAUUAGAGCUGAAGCUCAAGCCUUAAGAGCUGAACAACGUGCUGAGCAGCAAUCAAUUCGACAUGAAGAAAGACUCACUGAACUACAUUCAGUGAUUGCCGAACUUAGUAGACAACUUGAAAGGCAGCGCGCUAAUGUUAUCACAGAAGAGGAUGAAUCUGAAAUCGAAACUAGUCGAGAUGCCGAAGGCUCAAUAACAAAUCCAGUGGAAGAAAGUGAAGCUGGAGAAGAAACUCAAGAUGAUCGCGAUAACGAUGGCGACCGUACCCUCGGUGAUGCAGAAUCGAGUUACGCUGAAGAAAUUGAUGAUCCUCCGCGGCUUAAUGAAAAUCAUCGUGAUGAUGGAGGAUAUAUCAGUCCUGCCGCAUUGCCGACACCUGAACCAAACCAACAAGAAAUUACGUGUCAAAGUAUAGCUGUAGCUUCAUUACAAGAUGAAGUUAUUGCUCUGAAAGCUGAAAUAGCCCACUUACAAAGUCAACUAAUGCAAUUUAAAAACAGCGGGCAAAAUAAUAGUAGUGAUUCACCUAGAAGAGAUCAUAAGAAAGGUAAUUUAAGUUCUCCAGAGCCAUUAACAGCACCAUGUUCACCAUUAUUACCUCCUUUACAACCGCCAAAUUCAAAAAACCAUCAAAGAGACGAGGCGCCAAUUUUGAAAAUGGCUGAAAGAGUGAAAUUACGUCGAACGGACGAAAGACAUAUAACCGGUCCUGACAUUACAAAUUUGGGUGUAUGUUCAACUAUGAUUGCCGAGCACUUGGUGUCAGAUUUAUUAGAACAGUCAAACAUACAGGAGUUAAACGGAUCAGAAGAACAAUUUGAAGUUGAGACCGAGAGACUUAAUAGUCGACUUGAACAUGCGCGAGCUAAUAAUGCAGUUCUUGCAUUAACUUUGCAUGAAAGUAAAGCUCAAUGUGAUAGAUUAAGUUUAUUAGUUGGGAAAUACGAGUCCAAUGCUACUGCCCUUAACUUAGCGCUGUCAUUCAGUGAUCGAGCGAUUGAAGCUUAUGAUGUUUUAGUAGCAUUACUAGAAACGGAGAUUGCACUUUCAACUGAUAGAAAUAGUGUUACAAUAGAUAAUAGGAAAACUGCGGAAAACGUUGCUCAUCACUUACUGAAACAACUGGAAAGUGAUUAUACGACCAUAGGCGCACCAUGGGAAGACAGCAUCAUAUUAUCUGAUGACUCUGAAGUCUUCUGGUCGAUAGAUGAAGAACAAAGGCUUCGUAAACACAUAAGUAAAUUAAAAAAUCAUCGGGCAAUGGUCCGAUCAACAGCAGUUGAGUUAGAAACAGUUCACGUCGAGCCUUUAAAUUCUAAAAACACAAUUUCAUUAGCCGAAGCACGUAAGCUUGAUUUAGAGACAGCAGUCUUAAUGCAAGAAUUAAUGGCAAUGAGAGAAGAUAAAGCUGAGUUACGCGCACGUGUUUUUCUAUUAGAAAAAGAACGUUCGACUAUUGAAUUAAAAUUGAAUUCACGCGAUGCACAAAUAGCCGCUCAAAAUACAGCUAUUCAACAUCUGCAAGAUCAAUUAACUGAUACUGAAGCCAUGCUGACAAUGGUUAGCGAUAAAGACCGUAGAUAUACUAGCGAGAGUGAAGGAAUGGAGUCCGAGCUUAUUGAGGCACUUGGACGUGAAGCGAGACUCAAAGAAAGACUUCAAGAAUUAGUUAAUACCUUAGAAAAUGUCACCAGAAAUUCGGAGUUACGGCACCAGCAAUCUGCAGAUCUUAUUAAUGAUUUAAAAAUAGCUAAUGGAGCACUGGUACAGACACUAGAAAAAUCUAAGAAAAAAUAUCAGUCACGUAUGAAAAAAUUAGAGCAACAAAUGCUGAUCAUGGUGGAAAGAAAUGCUGCUCAGGUAAAAAUAUUAAAACAAAGAAUAGCAAUUUUAGAAGAAGAAGCUGCGAGUUUUAAAGGAAGUCUUCCCCUCCAAUCCCAAAGUUCUGGUGCAAGUGAAACAUCUUUAUGACACUCAUCUGACAGAAGUUCAUCUGACUAUAAUUAAUAAAGCCAAAAUGGAAUAAAUAUAAUUACCACAGUCGAAUUCCAUUAAUUCCGAACUUACACUCGAUCUCGACCCCCACGACGAGUUAUCUCUCACGCAUUUCUAUUAAUUGAUAAUCAUUACAGAUUUUUUCAGCUUCCGGAAAAACAUCUCCGUAAGAUUUUCAUCAUCCGAGUGCCAUAAAUAUUUAAAACGUAAUUAGAAAUGUCAAAUCUGGAAAUUUUUUUAUUAAUUCCGAGUCUUAAAGAAGUAGGAAUUUACGCUCCUCCAUCGACUAUCAGUCAGAUUUAAUAGAAUUCGACUGUAGGCAUUAUGACAAGUCGCUCCAAAACCUCUUUAUGUACAGAUUCCAUGCUAAUUUCCCUGCCUACAAUAUGUCUAUCGUAAAAUAUAACUAUCCUUGAAUUGAUUACUCCAAAAUUCUAGCUUUCAGACAAGACUCCAAAAUAAUAAAACUUUUUGACUGCAAUAUGAGUACAACCUAAACUACUUGACGAAAUCUAUAGCCGUAAUAUGAAUAAGAAUCAAAAACUUGAGAGCAAAAUUUUACUUUCAAAUUGACUGCAAGUUUCCGUCAACUAUUUGCACCAUCAAGUUUUUGCAGUCAACUUGACAUCUUAUUUCAGUUGUGGA